AUGGGCGAUCUCCAGGGGCGCAAGGUCUUCAAGGUCUUCAACCAGGACUUCAUCGUCGAUGAGCGAUACACCGUCACCAAGGAGCUAGGCCAGGGCGCCUACGGUAUUGUCUGUGCUGCUGUGAAUAACCAGACGAAUGAGGGCGUUGCCAUCAAAAAGGUCACCAAUGUCUUUAGCAAAAAGAUUCUCGCUAAGCGCGCUUUGCGCGAGAUCAAGCUCCUUCAGCACUUCAGGGGACACCGAAACAUAACCUGUCUGUAUGACAUGGACAUUCCCCGCCCUGAAAACUUCAACGAGACAUAUCUCUACGAAGAGUUGAUGGAGUGCGAUCUUGCUGCCAUCAUUAGGUCUGGCCAGCCCCUUACCGAUGCCCACUUUCAGUCCUUCAUCUACCAGAUCCUCUGCGGCUUAAAGUACAUCCACUCUGCCAACGUCCUUCACCGUGACCUCAAGCCCGGUAACCUCCUCGUCAAUGCCGACUGCGAGCUCAAGAUUUGCGACUUUGGCCUUGCUCGCGGUUUCUCCAUCGACCCCGAGGAGAAUGCAGGAUACAUGACAGAGUACGUCGCCACGAGGUGGUAUCGUGCUCCCGAGAUUAUGUUGAGCUUCCAGAAUUAUACCAAAGCCAUUGACGUUUGGUCGGUGGGCUGCAUUCUCGCCGAGCUCCUCGGCGGACGACCCUUCUUCAAGGGCCGCGACUAUGUCGACCAGCUCAACCAGAUUCUCCACAUUCUCGGCACUCCCAAUGAGGAAACCCUGUCGAGGAUAGGAUCCUCUAGGGCCCAGGAGUACGUGAGAAACCUGCCCUACAUGCCGAAGAAACCCUUCCCCAACCUCUUCCCCAACGCCAACCCCGACGCCCUCGACCUCCUCGACAAGAUGCUCGCCUUCGACCCGGCCUCCCGCAUCAGCGUAGAGCAGGCCCUCGAACACCCUUACCUCCAGAUCUGGCAUGACGCCUCCGACGAACCCGAGUGUCCCACCACCUUCAACUUCGACUUCGAGGUUGUCGACGACGUCGGCAAGAUGCGCGAGAUGAUCCUCGAGGAGGUCUUUAGGUUCCGCCAGCUCGUCAGGCAGGUUCCCGGUUCGGGCGGCGCUGGACAGGCGGGUGCGCAGACAGGUGCCGGGCAGGUGCCUAUGCCUCAUCAGGCUGGCGGGCAGUGGAAGGCGGAUGAGCCGAGGCCGCAUGAGUAUGGUGGGGGACAUGCGGGGGAUCUUGAGGCUGAGCUUGCUGCUGGUAUUGAUAUGAGGCGAUGA